GAUUAGUAAAAAUUGACAAAUUGAAUUUGUUUAUACGCACGCUUCGUAUAUCAAUAUUUAACACGAUGGGAAAACGGAAGGCCAGUGAUAAUGCAGGAAAUCCGAAUCAAGAUUUGUGCGAUUUUUUGAUGGAGUUGGCAAAUUAUGAACGAAAUGUUAGUAAAAAUAUUUAUAAAUAUAAUGCUUAUCGCAAAGCUGCUGGCACAUUAAGUGGAUUAUCAGAAAGAGUAAAAAGUGGUCAAGAAGCAAGAAAGUUGCCAGGAAUUGGUGAGAAAAUUGCUAAAAAGAUUGAUGAAUUUCUCAAUACUGGAAAAUUACAAAAGUUGGAAGAUAUUAAUAAAGAUGAAAACAACAUUGCAAUUAAUUUGUUAACACGUGUGUCUGGUAUUGGACCUGCAAAAGCCAAAGAAUUAAUAGAUGCCGGUAUUAAGACUUUAAAUGAUUUAAAGAAGCAUCAGGAAAAACUUAAUCAUCAUCAAAAAAUUGGUCUUAAAUAUUUUGAAGACUUUGAGAAAAGGAUUCCUAGAAAAGAGAUUGAGCAAAUUGAAAAACUUUUAAAAGAUACUAUCUUAAAUCUGAGUAAGGAAUACAUUGUAACAAUUUGUGGAAGUUAUAGACGUGGGAAAGAAGAAAGUGGUGACAUUGAUGUUCUAUUAACACAUCCUACAUUAACAUCCAUAGAGAAAGACUCAAAGAAAAAAAUUUCGGUUUUAAAAAAUGUUAUAGAAAGUCUUGAAAAAAAAAAAUUUAUUACAGAUACAAUAUCUCUUGGGCCAACAAAGUUUAUGGGUGUAUGUCAAGCUUUAGGUGACAGUAAGAAAUUAUUUAGGAGAAUUGACAUUCGACUUGUAUCUUAUGAUCAGUAUUAUUGUGCUGUACUUUAUUUUACUGGAAGUGAUCUUUUUAAUAAAGACAUGAGGGCACAUGCUUUGGAAAAGCACUAUACUUUAAAUGAAUAUACACUAAAACAUCUUACAUCUGAAGGUACUCCUGGAGAGGCAGAAAAAAUUACAUGCGAAGAAGAUAUUUUUCGAAUUUUAGAAUUGCCAUAUAAAGAGCCAAAAGACAGAAAUUCAUAA